AGUUGUCAGGUAAUUUUUGGUGCGCGUUCCCCUUUAAGAAGCCCCCCCUUUCCCCGCAGCAGAGGGAGGGCGAGUAAACUCCCGGAACAGCGAUUGAAAAAAAAAAAAAAGAAGAAAAAAAAAAAGCUCUCGCGGCAGACUGUUUCAAGUCCCCCCCGGUAGAAACUGUGCCUGAUUUGUGGCCGAUGUUGGAGAUGUAAAAAAAAAAAAAAAAACAGGAGGAGGAAGAGAACCACACACACACAUACACACACUACCCCGGGUAGCUAUGGAGAUGGAGCCUUUUCCUGGCCGCUUUCUUUGACAGGCGUCGAGCAGGGGCUGAAAAUCUUUUCUAAAAAGCGGAGUCGAACAUGUACGCCAAGGGGAAAGGAGCCGUGGUGCCGUCCGACAGCCAAGCGCGAGAGAAGUUGGCUUUAUACGUCUACGAAUACUUGUUACAUGUUGGCGCUCAGAAAUCCGCACAGACCUUCUUGUCCGAGAUCCGGUGGGAGAAGAACAUUACUCUAGGAGAGCCCCCAGGAUUCCUGCAUUCGUGGUGGUGUGUGUUCUGGGAUCUGUACUGCGCCGCCCCGGACAGACGCGAGACCUGCGAGCAUUCCAGCGAGGCCAAGGCCUUCCAUGACUACAGUGCAGCAGCGGCGCCGAGCCCCGUAAUGGGCAACAUGCCCCCCAAUGAUGGCAUGCCUGGUGGACCCAUGCCCCCUGGCUUCUUUCCGGGCCCUCCCGGGUCGCAGCCGUCUCCCCACGCACAGCCUCCCCCACACAACCCCAGCAACCCCAUGAUGGGACCCCACGGCCAGCCGUUCAUGUCUCCGCGGUACCCUGGUGGACCUCGGCCGUCCCUCCGCAUGCCAAACCAGCCUCCUGUCGGGGUUCCCGGGUCACAGCCGCUCUUGCCAAACAAUCUGGACCCCCGACCACAAGGACACCCAAGCAUGGGAGGCCCGAUGAGAAUGAAUCCGCCUAGAGGGAUGGGCAGCAUGGGUCCACAGAACUACGGUGCAAUGAGGCCACCUCCGAACUCUCUGGGUGGGCCAGGCAUGCCAGGAAUGAACAUGGGUCCAGGAGGACGGGGUCCCUGGCCGAAUCCCAACACUAACUCGAUAGCGUACUCCUCUUCAUCUCCGGGCAACUACGUGGGUCCCCCAGGGGGAGGUGGUCCUCCAGGAACUCCCAUCAUGCCAAGUCCAGGAGAUUCAACAAAUUCAAGCGAAAACAUAUACACGAUGAUGAACCCCAUCGGCCCUGGAGGCAACAGACCCAACUUCCCGAUGGGCCCGGGUCCCGACGGUCCGAUGGGAGGGAUGGGCUCCAUGGAGCCUCACCAUAUGAACGGAUCAUUAGGGUCCGGUGACAUGGAUGGGUUGCCAAAGAACUCGCCCAGCAACAUGGCAGGCAUGAACAACCCGCCGGGCACACCGCGAGACGACGGCGAGAUGGGCGGCAACUUCCUCAACCCGUUCCAAAGCGAAAGUUAUUCACCCAACAUGACGAUGAGCGUGUGAUUUAUUCCCCUGCCCCCUCACCUCCUCCUCCUCCUCUUCCUUUAUUAUUAUUAUUAUUGUUAUUAUUAUUAUUAUUAUUUCUUUUUAUUUCCCUCGCAUUUUGUUUCCGUACCCCGCAUUCCCUUUGACGCCUCACGGAACUUCGGGGCCCGGGCCGUCGCCGAAAGCACGGGACUCGCGCCAAAAUGGCCGCCGGCGACAGGAAGCAGCCCCCGAGCCACAGGAAGUGCCAGCUUGAAGACUGAACCUCGCUCUGGUUUUCCUCUCUGGCUCAGGACACUGAAAGAAGGGGCUUCAAGAAGGCACCCACACACCCACACACUCGCUCUCACACAUACAUACACACACACACACACUCAUGUGAAAGGACAGACUGAGGAGCAGGACAAGGGAACACGUGUCCUCGGCUCAGCGCUCUUUUUAACUCACUCCACCUCUUCUUCUCUGAAUUUUUUUUUAACACGCUAGAUUUCACUCUGGGACGUGUAAUUUUUACAUUUUUGUUUUUGGAUUCCCCUCUUGUACAUUUUUAAACACUCAUGAAGAUGUGACGGGCUACGAACGUUUCCAUUAUUUCUGUGUAUGUAUUGUAUUAUUAAUAAUUAUUGUUCUUUUUUUUUUUUCUUUUUUUUUUUGUAUUUCUGUUGUAAUGAUAAGGGUAUUUUUUUUGUUGUUUUUUUUUUUUUUCUCAGAAGGGCACAUUGUAUCUCAAUAACCAUGAAAUUGUCAGAGUAAGCACAUAUUCACGAUACCCAGUGAAAACUCUUUGAUUUAUUAUUAUUGUUAUUAUUAUUAUUAUUUUGUUAAUUAGUCAAUGUGUUUUAUUUUAAUGUUUCUGGGGGAAAAUUUGAGCUUGAGGUGUUUUUCUUUUUCUUUUUUCUCUCUCUUAUGGCUUUUGCGUGACUUUUUAAUUCCCCUUUAUUAACAUGAUGUAGCGAUGUGACCGUAAGCUCCACACUCGGGCGUAGAGCGUUUCUGAUAGUAAACUUCACUCCAUGAUUUAUCUCCUUGCUCUCGCUGUGUUCUUACGCUCUCUGUCCAAAAAGAAAAAUCCACAAAAAACACAACAACAAAAAUGAUUACAGCUGGUGGCGUUUAUGUGGCUUGCGUCAUAAUUCCACUAAUUGAUGAAGAAGAAGAAGAAUCAUCAUCAUCAUUGUCUCUCAUAGUAUAAAAAAACACAGUAUAUAAUAUUAUUUUACAUUUUUUUUAUUGUGGUACUCAAUAUAUUAUUUUCAGCUUUGCUCAGUUCUUUUUUUUUUAUUCUUUUUUAUUUGAUUUUAUUUUAUUUAUUCCAACCCUCCUUUGUGUGUGCGUGUGCGUGUGUCUGUAUGUCUUGCAACAUGCGGCUUGCUUCAGGACAUUGUAAACAUGUAAAUAACGCCAGUCUAAAGAUACCUCCUGCUGAAUCGACCCCCUGUCCCGCCUGCAUGUUCCUGGAAACGGGGCGUCUCGGGCGCCGAGGUGAAGUGACGGAGCGGGAAACCAAAAAUUUCCCAACAGGCCGAGCAGGAAAAGAAAGUCGCGGCGCUUCUUCUUCUUCUUCAGUACAUCGGUCCUCUUUAGAAAAGAGAAAUCAACCUGCGACCAUCGACCUGUUUGAAUCAUGGUGACUGCUGCUGCCUCUUCUUUUUUUUUUUUUUUCUUUCUUU